CACUCAUCUCGCCCACUCGUCACUCAUUGAAACACAUUCCUUACCUCUGAAUAAAAAACCAAGAUGUACUCCAUCCUCGUCAAGCUCUUCACACUCUUCUCUCUCCUUGUCUUGGCUUCCGCCAGCCCGCUCUCUGCCCGCCAGGUCGCUGGAGGCCAGUGCAACACCGGCGCGAUUCAGUGCUGCCAGCAGGUGCAGACCGCCGGAAGUCCCGACAUGACCAACCUCCUAGGGCUCCUGGGCAUCGUUGUGGAUGGUCUCAACGUGCCCAUCGGCUUGCAAUGCUCCCCGCUAACCGUUGGCGGCCUCGGCAACGGGGCUACUUGCUCCGCGCAGCCCGUCUGUUGCUCUGAUAACUCGUCAGGCGGUCUGGUAUCCGUGGGGUGUAUUCCCAUCACCCUCGAAUGGUAAACCCAUUGUCAAUGAAGGGGCAUUCCACCCAGAGAUCACGUCAAGUCACCUCAGGUCCAGGAGCUGACUGAAAGAGAUUUUGGAUGUUUCCCCAACCGAGUUCCUAAAGUUUCUUCUAAUUGGUCUGAGGGCUUUGCUUUCGCUUUCACUUCUUGUCCUCUGAAUCGUUUGAAUUCUUCCUUCCGUCGUACCGAUGUUCGGUUUCUUGUCGUUAAAGCAUCGUGUCUACCACUGUGACGUUGAUACCUGUUAAAGUAUUAUAAAAUGCAGGGCUCUGAGACGCUA